ACAACAACAUAUAUACAAACAAAUACACAAAAAAAAGGAAAAGAAGAGGAUAAAAUGGCGAGCAAGAAGGCGUCUUUCAUGGUGAUGAUAGUGGUGGUGAUGGCCAUUUCAAUGGAGAGCUCAGUGGCUAUUGACCUCUGUGGCAUGACCGAGACAGAGUUGAACGAGUGCAAACCAGCGGUGACCAAGGAGAGUCCAACGAGCCCAUCACAGCUUUGCUGCGACGCUCUGAAACACGCUGACCUCAACUGUCUUUGUGGCUACAAGCACUCUCCAUGGCUCGGCUCUUUUGGCAUUGACCCCGAGCUAGCUGUUGGACUCCCCACCAUAUGUGGCCUAGCCAACGCCCCAACUUGUUAAAGCCUUUAUUUUUGUUCCGAUAUCGUUUGUUUCCCUUGUUUUUAUUUUUAUUAGUUAUCAACUAUUUAUAACAUCUUUUUGCGUUUGGUA